AUGGAUGCGCAAGAACUGCUGGACAAAUACAACUCCCAAUGGGUUUCCUUCCACAUUCGUGACCAUCUGAAGGAUGGCCAGGUCCUGAUCCAGAACACCGUCAUCGAAGGCGGCGAGUUUGAACACCCUACCAACCGCCGUCGAUCUCUGAGUGAAGACGAGGUCGAUGAGAUGACCAUCCCGUCCUAUGGCGUCGGUGAGAUCACGGCUCGUAGCCGCCGUGGCAGCGAGGGUCGCCUGGAUCUUUUUCAUGACAAUAAUAAGAUUUGUGAGAUUCAUUGGGAGAAUCGUGGCGGGGAAUAUCCCAAUUUGGUCGAGUUGUUGGACAGUAGUGACAAGUAUAGAAUCGAGUAUGGGGGAUGGAGCCCAGAGGCUGGCCCUCUGGGACAUGUCUACGUUGACAUCUCGGAGAGAAAGGAGAAGUAG